CAGGCUUGAUAAAGGGCCCUGUGUGGCCGAAACGUUGCCAUGUUUUAAGGUCAAUAAAACCACCUUUUUGCAUUCUUUACCACGGUUCGUGUGCUUCAGCAAUUUUGGAUUUCAUGACAGAUUGUUCUGACCCUGAGCAGGGGAUCUUAUAUGCUGUGUAGCACCAGACACCUGAAAAGGUUGACGGAGUAACAGGUGAGCACUCUACUACUGUGUGGUACAAAGUAAACAUGACACACUUGCUGUAUUUAUAAUGAGUGAAUAUGGAGCGCUCUGUUUUACUAGAACAUGUAAAUCAGAACCAUGAACAAACAAUAUAAGUAAAGAACAAAGUAAUACAGUUAUUAACCAUUUAUAAUAUAACAGAGAGUUCAGGCCUGCUUGUUGUGUACACUUUACGUUGGUGCGCACUUAUAUGUAACCCUGGUGUUGCAUCCAUGAAUUCCAGUACAUUUGCAAUCCAUUCACUGUAUUCCCAGAGAGUGCAGUGUCCAGUAGUUAGUCCUAUCUCUCCUUUUGGAUAGAACUGGGCCAGUAAAUAAGCUGGGGUGACUUAUCCUAAUGGGCGCUGGAACCUGGGGUCUAACCUACUCUGAUCAGAGGCCUCUCUCUCCCUGCUGUUGCCACAUCUGUGCCUGCUCCUCUCCUUGCUUUCCUGCCUUGCCUUUCUCUUUCCCAUCAUUCCUCACACAGUAACAUGGCAUCAGCCUUACUGUUUCCCGAUUGCCUAACACUGCCAUCUGCAGGCUGGAGGUGACCUUUGCACCAUCCUCAUUUGUCUGCCUAUUAGAGGAUAUUUAAAACAUUUGACAGUUAAACUGGAAUAUACUGCUCUGGCAAGAGGGUGACUCUAAGAUAUUUCACAGAGAGGAUAGAAAACUUUUUUCUUUUAAGAAGUCUGAUCAAGUGUGACUACAAAAGUCUGACAUGAAUCUUUUGAAAUUGGAGCAUGUCAUUGAAAUAUAUGAUUUUCCGGCUUCCUUUGAAAAUAAGGAUUUUUUGGAGGCCUUUUCCAGCUUCCUGCAGUCUGGAUUUGACAUAAAAUGGGUGGAUAGUAGCCAUGUUCUUGGCAUCUUUUCAAGUUCUACAAAAGCCAGGGAUGCCCUAAGAAAUAAGAACCCAAUGCUGAAAGUGCGACCACUGGCACAGUCCACAAGAGCCUCCCAAAUGAAGGCAAAAAAAUACAUGGAAUACCUACAGCCAGUGAAACCGCGCCCUCGGACAUCUGCGCUGGCUGCUAGGCGCUUUGUAAUGCAAGCUCUGGGAGUGCGAUGCCCACAAAGCAAACAUGAAUAUGUCGCUGAGCUCAGAAAGGAAAGGAGGCAGUUGGAAUCUGACCAGUGCAAUAUAGAUAAUAAUAGAAAGGAAAGGAGGGAGUUCAAAUCUGAUCAGUGCAAUAGAAGACUAGCAGGGAAAACCUGCCGUCACUCCCAUUCUCCAACAUAUGCGCUGCCAUGUAAGCAUCUUCCUGAGAAUUCUCUGAGCAUAUGCUCUAUACAGAGUCAGUCCGAAAAGGAUGCAGUGGUAAAAAAUCUAAAAGAAAAGACUAUCAGACGGAUAUCAGACUCUUUGCAGCAUAAGGAGUCACCAGCAGGCAAAGACUGUCCCGCUUCCAAUUCUCCCAACAUCUGUGGUAGUUGUGAAGCACAUUUGGAUACAUGCUGUGGGAUUUCGCCUCGCAUAGAGCAAAACGGAGAAUGAGGCAGUACUCGGAAAGCUCAACAACAUGAAUGAAGGGAAGGCAUAAUUCCAGCCCCUGAGCAAGAAUAAUUAGAGCUAACUUUGAGCAUAUUUUUAAUGGUGCAUUAUUAUAUUUAUUAAAUUCAUUCUAAAAUGUGAA